GUCAAUUAAAAACCGUUAGCGAGAAAGGAAACUUAGAGAAUCUUUAUGCAUUAGACUAUGACAAACGAUCGCUUAUUGUGUGUGUUUGUUCAUGGAUACAGGGGAGGCGAUACGACGUUCAAGGAUUUCCCAAACAGAUUAAAAACGAUCACCACCCACGACCGUGUUGAAGUCAAAAUCUAUCCCAAAUACAAAACCUCAGGCGAUUUUCAGUUAGCGGUAAAGAACCUACUAGCGUGGCUUCAGGGACAAGUUCAAUUAGCACAAAAGGAAGCAGGUUGUGGUCGGGUCCGGUUUGUAUUGCUCGGGCAUUCCAUGGGUGGACUUGUAUCUGCUGAAGCAAUACUUCACUGGAAACAAAAUCCAGAGGUCUUGGAUGCCGAUAUUCUUGGAUUAAUAGCAUAUGAUACACCGUUUUAUUCUGUCAAUCAUCGAUUUGUUACGACUCAGGCGUUGAGCCAUGCAGAACAAGUGAACCGUCAUGUGAGUCGAUUUUGGUCGGCAACGGGUGCUGCUACUACAGCAGCUACAGCAGCAAGUGCGACAACAUCACGAUCGACCAAAGCAGCUGCAAUUGAAUAUCCCGGAACAGCGGCAACGAAGAAAAAGUCAUCUUCGUCCUCGUGGGGAUUACUGGCUGGAGUUGUGGGUGUCGCUGCAGCAGGUGCGGCGGCCUAUAUGGCCAGAGAAAAGAUCACUGCAGGGAUGACGGAUGUUUUUGAUCAUCUCGAAUUCGUCAGUACAUUGAUGGAUCUGAAUGGCUGCUGGGAAAGAGUACGUCGACUCACCGAGCUACCGGAUGUCAUGUUCAAGUGUUUUUAUGUCCAGUUAACGAGUGACGACAGCUUAGCAAGUGAUCCACGUACAUUUAUCGCGUUGCCUCCUCCAGAGACUGCGCAUCAUUUUAUACCCAUCACUUCAAGAAUGGAAGGCGAGAUUGAUGCACAUACAAGCAUCUUUGAUCCGUCGAAAAACGACCACUACUAUACCUUGGGGCUGGACUCUGUUUCACUAAUCUCUGAAAUGUUGGCAAGGCAACAUAGAAAACGAUAAAUCAUAUCACUACUGCUUUCUGUAGUAAGCAGGACAGUGAUGUGGCUCGUUUAAAUCAUUAGCACUCUCUUUACUUUAACCCGCAUCCAACCAACUUUUCCUAUUACCUGUAUACUAUAUUUAUAUAUUUGUUAUUUGUAUGUAAUACUAUAUAUAUAUUACUGCUGUAUGCUUACAUACAUAAGCCAGUAACUAUUUUCGGCAUUGUGCAUGGCAUGAGAUCGUUAGUCAUAUUUCAAAUCCAAAACAGAGUAACUACAGAUCGG